AUGGCUCUCAUCGUACGUAAUUUCUCUCGCAAAAUCUACCUAGCUCAAAUUUUCAGGGUGUACCAUAGUGGCGCCUUCACAGACUUGACGAUCACCUGUGCCGGUGAAAAUUUUAAAGUGCAUAAAGUCGUGGUCUGCACUCAAUCACCAUUUUUCAACACAGCAUGUAGCGGGCCGUGGAAGGAGUCUCAAAACGCCACCGUCGACCUCGCAGAAGACGACAUUGAAGUUGUGAGAAGAAUGGUCGAGUUCUUCUAUCGAGCGGACUACACAGAUUUCAAAGACGAGAAAUUCACACGACACGCCCAAGUCUUUGCCAUCGCCAUCAAGUACGAUAUCGAAAUGCUCUCAGCAAGGGCGAUCGACAAGUAUUGUGAAGCGGCCUUAAAAUAUUGGGAUCCUUCGGCCUUCUUGAGGUCUAUUCAUACCGUGUACCUCCACACUCCCGAACAGAUGCGCGGUCUGCGUAUUCGGGUCAUAGAUCAGGCUCGACGCCAUUACGAGAGUUUCGAUGAUCCAUCCAAAUGGCCUGGCAUCAAACACCUGUGGCGCGAGACCUGUGUUCAAGUGUUACCCCGGUAG